AUGCCUAAAUCAGUUUGCAAUGAACCCUGUGCACCUGGAUACAGAAAAGCUUCUAAGAGGGGAUUUCAUAGCUGUUGCUAUAUUUGUGUGCUGUGUCCAGAGGGAGAGAUCUCCAACACAACAGAUGCAGAAACCUGUAUAAAAUGUCCAGAAGAUCGAUGGACAAAUGAUAAGAGAACUCUGUGCAUCCUAAAGACAGUGGAAUUCCUUUCAUUUGAGGACACAUUAGGGGAAGUCCUCAGUUCAGUCUCCAUCUUCUCCUGUAUUGUCACUGUUGCUAUUCUUACUAUUUUCAUAAAGCAUCACACAACUCCUGUAGUAAAAGCCAACAACCAGAACCUCAGCUACACCCUCCUCCUCUCCCUCAUGUUGUCCUUCCUCUGCUCCUUACUGUUCAUUGGACGUCCAGUGGAGGUGACCUGCCUACUCAGACAAGCUGCCUUUGGAAUCAUUUUUGCUAUUUCUAUCUCUUCUGUGCUGGCAAAAUCAGUCACUGUUGCCAUCGCCUUCAAUGCCACUAAACCUGGAAGCAAGAUAAAGAAGUGGAUGGGAUCCCGAGUGUCCAUCUGUCUGGCUAUUGUCUGCUCUCAAGGGCAGGUUGUGAUCUGCAUGCUGUGGUUGGCUCUUUACCCACCAUAUCCAGACUUUGACACACAGUCUUACAUUGGGAAAAUAAUAUUACAGUGUAACGAGGGCUCUCUCACUGCAUUCUACCUCGUGAUAGGCUACAUAGGAUUCCUUUCUACAGUCAGUUUCAUUGUGGCUUUCAUGGUUAGGAAGUUACCUGCCAAUUUCAAUGAGGCCCAGAUGAUCACAUUCAGCAUGCUGGUGUUCUGCAGUGUUUGGAUCUCUUUCAUCCCAGCGUACCUGAGCACCAAGGGCAAAUACGUGGUAGCCGUAGAGAUAUUUGCUAUCCUGGCCUCUAGUGCAGGACUGCUGGGCUGUAUAUUCAUUCCCAAGUGCUACAUUAUAUUAUUUAGACCUGAACUGAACAACAGGGUAUAUAUGCUAAGUAAACAUUGA